AUGAAGGCCAUCACCAAAGUGCUCACCUCUAGGAUGCAAGCGUACAUUCACUCCCUUGUUGAUGCAGACCAAACGGGGUUUUUAUCAGGGAGGCGCAUCUCGGAAAACAUUGUCUACGCCGCAGACCUUCUCAGGUGCUGCCAUAAUGCUAAGGCUCCCUCGGUUGUGUUUAAGGUCGACUUCAAGAAAGCUUUCGACUCAGUGAAUUGGGACAGCCUGAUUCUCAUCCUUCGGGCCCGUGGGUUCGAUGAUCGUUGGUGCGGGUGGAUGUCGCAAAUCUUCCACACUAGCCACACGGCUGUCCUCCUUAAUGGGAUUCCCGGGGAUUGGAUCCGUUGCCGCAACAGGCUCCGCCAGGGUGACCCGCUCUCCCCGUCUCUCUUUAUUAUCGUCGCGGACGUGCUUCAGCGACUUAUCCGGGAAGCUUGGAUGGAUGGGUCUCUGUCUCACCCCCUAUCCCCCGAACUUCCUUGCCCCGUCCUGCAGUGUGCGGAUGACACUCUCAUCCUCUGUAAAGCUGACCUUGCCGCCGUUGGCCGCCUCAAAGCCGUCCUUGACACCUUCGCGAAUGCCACUGGCCUCACGAUAAAUUUCCACAAGUCUUGCUUCAUCCUUAUGAAUGUGUCGGCGGAUGAUGCUCAGCUUAUGGCCUCCACUCUCGGUUGUCCUAUCUCCUCCUUCCCCCAACCAUAUCUGGGGCUUCCCCUUUCACCCUCUAAGCUCCUGGCUUCUGCUUUCUCCCCCCUCCUCCUCUCCUUCGAUCGUAGGCUUGCCGGCUGGAAAGCUGCGCUUCUUUCUUCUGGUGGGCGCUUGGAGAGGCUCCCGUGGAAGGAUUGGUUUCUCCACCACUCCAGCCUGGACCGCGCCGGCUCGUCUUCUUUGACCUCCUUCCUCGACAUGAUUGUUGCUGAGUGCCUCCCCCUGUACCGGAGGAUUACCAGGAGCUCCGUUGUCAGCGGGAGGCAGACCGCCUUCUGGUUGGACAAGUGGCUCCCUGGGGAGUGCUUGGCCGACCGCUACCCCGCCCUCUUCACGCACUGCACUGCCCCGCAUGCGACGGUUGCGACUGUCGUCCGCGACGGCCUGCCCCUUCAGGAUCGACUGACCCGCGCUGCCUCCAUCGACCUAGGCGCGGUCACCCUGCUCAUCGCCUCCGUCUCCCUCCAUGAUGGCGAGGAUCGACACUCCAUCGACUCCCCGACUGCGCCCCCCUUCUCCUCUCGCGUGGCGUACCGUAUGCUUUCGCCGGCUCAGCCUCGCGAUGGGUCCUCAUGCACAGCUUGGGCAUCCAAGCUCCCCACCAAGGUGAAGAUUUUCGCCUACCUCGCCGACAUCGACAGGUUGAGCACCCGCGCCAACCUCUUCAAGAAGAGUUGUGCUCCUUCUUCGACUUGCGCGGCAUGCCCGGUGGUGGAGACUGGCCGCCACCUCUUCUUCGACUGCAUGCUUUCUUCUUCGAUCUGGGCCGCGUUGGGGGUGACCAUCCCUGCUGGUAGCUUCUCCAUCUGGAAGCUGCCCCGACCCCCGGCGGCUGCGGCGAAUGUUUGGCAGGCUGGGAGUGUGGUGCUGCUCUGGCAUAUUUGGAAAGCACGGAAUGAUCUGGUCUUCAACAACAACACCUCCACUCCGCAGGUUGUUCUUCGCCGGGCCGCGGAUGAUCUUCUCGUUUGGAGAUGGCGCUUUGCGAUUGGAGACCGUGAGGCCGUGGAUUCGCUCCGUUCUCUUUUCCUUUCUGUUAUGUGA